AUGGCCCGUUUCGUCCUCAACUCGCUGCUCUUCCUCGGCGGCGCUUUGGCGUCUCCUGUCCAGGAGCGCAAGGUGGAUUGCACUGGCACGAACGCCAUUAGCAUACACUGCCGCUCGAACGAGGUCCCCUACACGAGAGACUUCUUCUACAUCGGCGGUCGCUCUGCGAAGGGAACUUCCGGAACCAUCAACGUUGAUCAGAUCUACGUGGAGAAACUGACACCAUCCAAACAAUGGACUCAGAAACAUCCUCUUGUCUUCUUCCACGGCGGUGGCCUUUCGGGAAGUACUUGGCUCAACACACCCGACAACCGCUAUGUUGUGUACUUGGUCGAUAACAAUGCCAUUGGCCGCAGUGCUGAGAACGCUAUUGCCAGUUUCCCCAUGGCCGCGGGUUCAGCAACUGAGACUGUCAUGAAGUUCUUCACUUCUCCCGAGAACUAUGAGACCUAUCCUCAGGCUAAGCUACAUACUCAGUGGCCUGGUACUGGAGCUGAUGGGGAUCCUGUGUACGACCAGUUUAAGAAGUCUCUGAUUCCUCUCACCACCAACUUCGUCGGCCAAGAAAACGCUCUUCGAGUUGGUGGCUGUGAGCUGCUCUCGCUUCUUGGCGAGAAGGCCUUCCUCAUCUCUCAUUCGCUUGGUAGUAGGAACCCUCUUCUGCUUUCCAACGAUUGCCCCGAGUACAUAGCCGGUAGCAUCAAUCUCGAGGCUGCUACAUCUCCUUUCUGGUCGUACGCUGAGGGCCUGGGUGGAUUUGCUGGUUCGCCAUGGGGUUUGACCAACACACCUGUCACUUAUGACCCUCCAGUCAGCAACCCAUCCGAACUUGAAAGUGAGUCCGUUGGAGAGGAGACUCUCGCUCAUCGCAACUGUUAUCUUCAAGUCGAGCCAGCCCACAAGCUUCCUCAGAUCAACAAGGUCCCUUACCUGCUUUUGACUGGUGAAGCCUCUGUUCAUAUCACAUACGAUCACUGUGUUAUCAAAUUUCUCAAGCAGGCUGGUGGCAAGCCUGAAUGGAUCAAGCUGGCUGACUGGGGUAUCAAGGGUAAUGGUCAUUUCUUGCAUGUUGAGAAGAAUAACAUGCAGAUUGCUGGUAUUGUUGAUAGUUGGAUCCAGAAGAAGUCUUUCAAUGGCACGAAGAAUGCUUAA